UCUUUGGUCUUCCGUGUCAACAUGGCGGCAUCCAUGGCAUCUCAGGCUGCAGCAAGAGGACUGAGGACAGCAACCUCAAAGCACAUACUUCUGGACAAACUCAAGUGCACCUGGCUAAGUCCCAGGAGAUGGCUAAAUCUGCAAGAGUACCAGAGCAAGAAGCUGAUGCAAGAGAGUGGCGUGGCCGUCCAACGCUUCUUUGUGGCCGACACCGCUUCUGAGGCCCUGGAGGCUGCAAAGAGACUCAAUGCCAAGGAGAUUGUGUUGAAAGCUCAGAUUCUGGCUGGUGGCAGAGGAAAGGGCGUGUUUGACAGUGGCCUUAAAGGUGGAGUGCACUUAACCAAGGACCCUGCUGUGGUUGGUGAACUGGCCAAUAAGAUGCUGGGUUUCAACCUGACUACCAAACAGACACCAAAAGAUGGAGUGAAAGUGAAAACGGUGAUGGUUGCUGAGGCCCUGGACAUUAGCAGGGAGACCUACUUUGCCAUCCUGAUGGACCGCGCCUGUAAUGGUCCUGUCAUGGUAGGCAGCCCCCAGGGGGGUAUGGAUAUUGAGGAGGUAGCCGCCAACUCGCCAGAACUCAUCUUUAAGGAAGUCAUAGAUAUAUUUGAAGGCGUGCGAGACGACCAGGCACUCCGCAUGGCAGCUAAUUUGGGUUUCAAAGGACCUCUGCAGAGACAGGCAGCAGAUCAGAUUAAGAGGCUCUAUGAUCUGUUCCUGAAAGUCGACGCCACUCAAGUCGAAGUCAAUCCUCUCGGAGAGACUCCCGAAGGACAAGUGGUUUGCUUUGAUGCAAAGAUCAACUUCGACGACAACGCCGAGUUCCGUCAGAAAGCCGUGUUCGCCAUGGACGACAUGACUGAGAGCGACCCCACAGAGAUGGAGGCAGCCAAGUGGGACCUCAAAUAUAUCGGACUGGACGGAAAUAUUGCCUGCUUUGUGAAUGGAGCCGGUUUGGCCAUGGCCACGUGUGACAUCAUUGACCUGCACGGAGGAAAGCCAGCUAACUUCCUUGACCUCGGGGGAGGAGUCAAAGAGAGGCAGGUGUACGAGGCCUUUAAGCUGCUGACUGCUGACCCAAAGGUUGAGGCCAUCCUGGUCAACAUCUUUGGUGGGAUCGUCAACUGUGCCAUCAUCGCCAACGGCAUCACCAAGGCCUGUCGGGAGCUGGAGCUCAAGGUGCCGCUGGUGGUCAGGCUUGAAGGCACCAACGUCCACGAGGCCAAGAGGAUCCUGAGCGAGAGCGGCCUGCCCAUCACAGCAGCAGAUGACCUGGAUGACGCCGCCAAGAAAGCGGUGGCCGCCAUCAAGAAAUAGAAAAGCCUCAGAGUAACCUCACCAUACUCUGUCCGCCAACAUUCAUGCAGUCUCAGAUCAUCACCGUCAGCCUUUUCUUACACAUGCAGACCUCCAGGACUUCAUGUCUUUGCACUCACAGGCCUUUGCUUUUUUGUUUCAACACUAGCUUCCCAGCGUCUGUAUCGCAGCUUUCUAGGUGCUGUGUCACCUUAACACCUCACAGAAUUUAAAUUUUACACUCACCUCACCUGUGUGGGAAAAAUAAGCAGCUUUUAAUUUUUAAAAGAAAAUGAAAUAAAUGCAUAGUAAUUAGGAUAAGUCUGUAACUCUCAGGCUUGUCGGCACAAUCUUGUCUUGAAAUAUCAUAAAGUCUCACAGAUUAGAUGGAAUGGAGACAUGACGCUUUUCGCAUUCCAUUUUUCAGAGGUAACAGACACAGCUUUCACUCUGCAUAAUGUGGCAUAUGUAUGCAAUAUUAUUUAAAAGAAAUUUUCACCUCCGUUCUCAGCCAAGGGUAUUUUUAAAGGUACAAUAUGACUGAAAACAGCUUGUUCUUGUGAAAUCAUUCAGUGGCACUUCACCAAAACAGUGACUUCAUUGUCAGCAAUUAAUCCAUUAAUCCAUCCAAUGACGUACAGUAUAUGUAUUUAAUGAGGUGAAUGAAGUACCCAUGCUGUGAAAUUUUGUACAUCAUGUCUUAAUUGUUAAGCGCUCUAUGGCAAACAGUGUGUUAACUGCUUGAAUCUGUGCCUGUUUCGUGAAGGCCACAGGGUUUUAUAAACUAUCCUGCCAACUCUUUCUGUACAAGUAGUUUCAUACAGAGGUGCUGAGAAAAUCAAAAACGUGCAGCAAUUGUAUUUACAUUUUUUUUAUAAUCAUGAAUGUAUAUUGACAGGAGAUCUUGAGUACAGUGUCAAAGCUGUAUAUAUAAUUCAGGAGAUUAAAACAAAUAUUUCAAGA